AUGGCUUCCCUCGCGGCUCUGGCUCAACUGCUGGAUGCUAGCCUUGACCCUCGGCAGAACAAAGAAGCCGAGCUCAAGAUUCGCGCUGAAGAGAAAAACCCCGGGUUUGCCAUCUCUCUCCUUCAAAUCACCGCCUCGAGCGACUUCCAGUACAAUACCAGACUUGCAAGCGCCCUUUUCUUCAAGAAUUUCAUCAGACGCAGUUGGACCGAUGUGGAAGGCAACUACAAACUUCCUCAGCAAGAUGUGAAUGCGAUCAAAACAGAGAUCGUGGGGCUUAUGAUAUCCGUGCCUCGGGGCAUUCAGACACAGCUGGGUGAGGCCAUCAGUGUGAUAGCAGACAGUGACUUCUGGGAGAGGUGGGACACCUUGGUGGAUGACCUGAUCUCUCGCCUGAAGCCAGGUGAUCCUGUGGUAAAUACUGGCGUUCUCCAGGUCGCCCACUCAAUCUUUGCGAGAUGGCGGCCAUUGUUUCGAUCUGAUGAGCUCUUCACCGAGAUCAAUCAUGUCCUUUCCAAGUUUGCCCAACCGUUUCUCUCUCUGUGGCAGAGCCUGGAUGCCUACAUUGAGGCUCAUAGCAAUGAUAAGGCUGCUCUGCAACAUGCUUUUGCUGAACUCGACCUUGUUCUUCAGCUCUUCUAUGAUCUAUCAUGCCAGGACUUGUCUCCCGUGUUUGAAGACAACCUAGAGGGCAUUUCCGGCUUGCUUCUGAAGUACCUGAGGUACGAUAAUCCUCUCCUGCAUACAGAUGACGAAUCAGAGGCCGGUCCCUUGGAGAAUAUAAAGUCCAACAUCUUCGAAGCAUUGACCCUGUACAUCGGCAAGUACUAUGACGACUUUUCCAAAUACGUCAGAAGCUUCGUCGAGAGCUCAUGGAAUCUGUUGACCACGACCGGGCCGGAGCCCAAAAACGACAUCCUGGUCAGCAAAGCUCUUCAGUUUUUGACAUCGAUUGGAGGCAUCAAUGAGCAGGCGCGGACUUUCAACGACCCAAACAUUCAACAUCAGAUUGUUGAAAAGGUCAUUCUGCCGAAUGUGGCGUUGCGAGACUCAGAUGUUGAGAUGUUCGAGGACGAGCCUAUCGAGUUCAUCCGAAGAGAUCUGGAGGGGUCAGAUAGCGAGACUCGCCGAAGAGCAGCUGGCGAUUUUCUUCGUCAGCUUAGCGAUCAGUUCGAACAGUCCGUGACCGGAAUCGCAAUGACCUAUGUCCAGAAAUGUUUUCAAGAGUUUGCGGCAAAUCCUCAACAGAAUUGGAGGGCCAAGGACACAGCAGUGAGCGUGUUCUAUGCCACGGCCGCGAAGGGAGCAACAACUACCACGCACGGAGUGACCAAAACCAACAGUCUGGUGGAUAUUGGCGAUUUCUUCUCCAAACAUCUUGCCAGUGAUCUUCAAGAUGAGAAUGCCCAGCCGCUGAUCAAGGUCGACGCCAUCAAGUAUCUCUACGUUUUUCGAAGUAUUAUUACAAGGGAUCAGUGGCAGCAAGUCAUGCCGUUACUCGUUAACCAUCUUGGUAAUGCAAAUUAUUGCGUCUACACCUACGCAGCUGUUGCCGUUGAGAGGGUACUGGCCAUGACCGACGAGACUGGGCGACCAGUUAUCGACCCUGCGCAUAUUAGACCGCUGGCGAGCAAUCUGCUUGAACAUCUUUUCAGCUUGGUCGAAAAAGAUCAAACACCACAGAAAGUCCAAGAGAAUGAGUUUGUCAUGCGGUGUAUCAUGAGGGUCCUGGUCGUCCUCCGAGAUGGUAUUUCUGCAGUGGCCGACAAUGUACUGCGACAUCUGACCACCAUUACAACAAUCAUAGCAUCCAACCCCAGCAACCCGAGGUUUUACUACUAUCACUUCGAGAGCUUAGGAGCGCUGAUCCGAUUCACGCCGCAGACACAGGCGGGUGCUUUAGCAUCGCAUCUCUUCAAUCCAUUUGCCGCCAUUCUUGCCAACAAUGUCGAAGAGUUCAUCCCUUACACCUUUCAACUGAUGGGUGCUCUUUUGGAAGCGGAGCCGAACAGACCGUUGCCGCCGGAGUAUCUGCCACUGAUUGGACCCAUUCUCGGUCCGACGCUUUGGGAUCAGCGAGGCAACAUACCUGCCUUAGUUCGCCUGCUGGUUGCCAUUAUCCCCCGCGCAGCCAACGAGUUGGUCAGCAGCAACCAGGUGGAAAGUGUUCUGGGGAUAUUCCAGAAGUUGUUGUCGACCAAAAUCUACGAAAGCUAUGGCUUCGACCUUCUCGAAAUUUCCAUCUCAACUUUUCCACCGGCAGCCCUUGAGCAAUAUUGGGUGCAUAUUCUGAACAUCAUGCUUACGCGACUACAAAGCAAGCAAUCCCAGGCCUUUCAGUUACGGUUUGUCCGGUUCUACCAUUUCGUGUCGUCACACCAGGAGAAGGGUCUUGGGACCGAUUUUUUUGUUGCUGCUACGGAUCGCGUCCAGCAUGAUGUUUUCCGCCAGCUGUACCUGAGCAUCAUCUUGCCAAAGACCCAAGAACUAGCUCGCCCUCUCGACCGGAAAAUGGCCGCUAUUUCUCUCACAAAAUCACUCGCAGAUUCCCAAGCUUUCGUUGAGCGUUAUCCCAAAGGCUGGGGACUGACGUCUAAUGCGCUACUCAAGCUGCUCGAAGACCCUCCGCUUCCACCUAAGGCCGACGACGCCAUCGCAGAGAUUGACGUCGAAGACAGCAGCUUUGGCGUUGGGUUUACGCAGCUGAACACCAUCCGCCCGCCACCGCUUGAUCCUUUCCCCGAGGUAACGGAUCUGAGGCGAUGGGUGGGACAGUAUCUCAAGGCAGCAGAUCAGCGACACGGGGGCAGAAUAAGCAGAGCGGUCAAUGACUUGAGUCCGGAUUCGAAGAAGGUUCUGAAUGCUUACAUGACCCUCCAGUAG